AUGGCGGUCCGCCGCUCCGCGCGCCUGCGCAGUGCUAGCGCUCAGCCAUCUCCCGGCCCCGAGACUCAAGAGUCGGUUUCUCACCCCGACAUCAGAUACAGACUUGCAUCCGUCGAAGAACGCGACGAGACUCCUGCCGAUAACCUCCCUUCCAUCCGCACCCCAGUCACCAAGAAGGGUAUCCAGAGAACCCCUACCACGACUUCGCAUCACAAAGUGACGGAUGCCAGAACCCCAACUUCCAGCUCGGCAGUUCGUCCACCUCUCGAAGAAAUGCAUCCUAGCAAGGCACAGAAAAGCACCACCAAACGGGUCGACUCGGGAUUGAUCCUGGGCUUCAAUCCCAUUCAAAAGGACGCCGAUGGCAAUAUUGUGAAGAAUCUCGCCAUUCAAGACACCCCGUCCAAGUCGAAAGCCUCCCCGGCACCCACUCAAUUUGGCACACCAGGCUACGAGUUCAAGCGUGGCCAAGAGUCUCAGCUCAGCGACGAAGCCAAGCAACUGAUGGACAGUGUUCGAGGUGAAGUUGCACGGAUCAAAGCCCAGAUGAUCCUUGACAAGUCAAAGCAGGAUCAACAAGAGUACGAAGCCGAGACCAUGCAUGGCGAUCGAAAGAUUGCGAAGCCCAAGGGCAAGGCUGGCCGCUUCAGCGACGUGCACAUGGCUGAGUUCAAGAAGAUGGAUUCAAUUGCAGGACAUCCUUCCUCUUUCCGGGCUACACCAAGUCGCUUCCAGCCUGUGACAAAGUCCUUGAAGCGUACCAAAUCUAAGGCACAGCUUGAUGAGCCCGAGCCACAGACCUCCUCUCCGUCGCGAUCUACAGCGAAGCCUUCGACAGGAACCGCGCCCACUACCUCCACCCCUUCAGCAAAGCGCGCGAAGCCUAACCCAACUGCCAACACAUCGGUUGUCCGCUCUGAGAUCGCGCAAAAGGAAACUGCAACACAAAAACCUGCUGGCCUGCGUCCUCGACCUCGAAUUACUAGCUCUCUCAUGACCCCGACCCGGGCUUCAAUCGCCCGCUCCGGGUCGGUUAGUAUCAAGGCUCCAAAGACAUCCUUGAUUCCUUCUCUGGCACGAUCCCCCUCCACCAAGGGUCUUGCGUCCCCUCGUACUCCGCGUACUGAAUUCAACCCGCGAUUCAAGAGCAGCCUGCCCACGCUGAAUAAUCUCAAAUCCAUUCUUCGCAAACGCCAACCCCUGUUCUCCCGCGACCCCGCCAAGAUUGCUGCUGGAACGCAUGUGGCUGCUCCCGACUUCAACCCUGACUCGCUCUUCGGCACUCAAAAGGAAGCCUCUGACUCCGCUCCAACUCCAUCGCCGAGGAAGCACGUUGAAUUUACCCCCAGCGUCAAAUCUCGUUAUGAUCUGUCUCAGGCGUCACCUUCCCGGUCCAAGAUUCCCACCACUCCCUCUCGUUCUAACCUAUCAGAUAUCGUCUACCCUACUCUCCCUACUCUCACCCCCGAUCAUAAUGCUGCUUCUGCUGGCGCGACUCAACCCGACGCGAAUUUGUCGCCCACGAUUAGACAUGUCCGCAAGUCUAAUGCCGCCGAGGAGGGAUCUAUGUACCCUGAGCUUCCCGUUGUAACACACGGAAUCGCGCAUGGAAUCGGCAACAAGAAGAGACACAGGGACGAAGUUGACGAUGACGAUCUGCCCAAUGCCGAGGAUGCCGAGAAUGUUCCUCCGGCCGACUCGCAGGCGGAAGAGCGCAGUACUAAGAGACUGAAGAAGUCGAAUCCGCCGACUCCAAGCCCGGCCAAGUCCCGACCCAUCAAAACCCCUGUUCGCAUGUCCUCAGCCCGCGUGGGCACUCCUUCCAGUGCAACUGCUAGUGCGAAACAAAAGUCCCGCGGCGUCCUCAGCCUCAGCCGUUUGAAUAUGCUCGCCAAACCUAAGGGACAAGCUUGA